AUGCCGCCUAGACGAUCCACUAGGGCGGCCAGUGGCACCACAAAGGCUGCAGUACCCACAUCCACCCGCUCAACGCGUACAAGCACCCGCGUGUCCCUUGUCCCAUCCCCACAGGCCUCAGACGCAGAGUCGGAUGGCUUUCCGGGAGACAGCAGUGACGACGAGGUGAUGAAGCGUCCGACAAGGAAGGCUCCUGUCAAGGCCGCUGCAAAGCCACCAUCUAGGGCCAAGGCAGCACCACCACCACCAUCCUCGCGCCGUAGCACCAAGACCGUCGCCACACCCUCCCCCGAGCCCGAGCAGCACGACGGGUCCGACUCUGAGUCUGAAGAGGACCUGCCCAUCAAGGCCCCCACAAGCCGCGGCAAGGUUCCGGCUAAGCCCGCUCCUGUGUCAAGGAAGAAGGUGGUCCAGUCCGAGUCUGAAUCGUCAGAGGAAGAUCUGGAGGACUUUGUCACUGCUCCCUCGAGGCUAUCCACCUCUGCCGCGCCUUCGACUACCACUUUCCACUCCCUUCCAACCCCGCCACCCGACUCGGCUGCCGACUCGGAUUCUGAGCCCGAUGACCUGCUCGCUGCUCCCACUCCGAAAGCUGCCGCUGCUGGUGCGGACGAUCCUCAGACUCCCCAGGCCCGCGAUGCUGAGGAUGGCGACGACGGCGCCGCCUCGGACAGUGGCCGUACCGUCCGUGGUGGUGGAUCCCCGACUCCAGGCUCGUCCCCCGACAUCCCUGCCCACGUUCUCCCACCCAAGACACCCAGCGCCCGUGGUGGUCCCAUUCCCAUUGUUGCGACACCCGCUGCCCCACUCCCCUCCGGUCCCAAGCCCCGUCUCACCAUCCACAAACUUGUGCUCGUCAACUUCAAGUCGUAUGCCGGUCGCCAGGAGAUUGGUCCCUUUCACAAGUCAUUCUCCGCCAUUGUCGGUCCUAAUGGCAGUGGCAAGAGUAACACCAUCGAUGCGCUUCUCUUCGUGUUUGGUUACCGUGCCAGCAAGAUGCGUCAGGGAAAGCUCUCGGAGCUUAUCCACAACUCUGCCGGCAAGGAGGGCCUCGAGAGCUGCUCGGUUGAGGUGUGGUUCCGCGAGAUUGUGGACCAGCCCGGUGUGGACAACUUCCUGCUCGUUCCCAACUCGCAGCUGGUCGUCACGCGUACGGCGUUCCGCAACAACUCGUCCAAGUACACCAUCAACGACCGUUCGUCCUCGUUCACCGAGGUGACUACCCUCCUCAAGGCCAAGGGUAUCGACCUCGACCAUAACCGCUUCCUCAUUCUUCAGGGUGAGGUCGAGUCCAUUGCCCUCAUGAAGGCCAAGGCUCAGAACGAGCACGAGGACGGCCUCCUGGAAUACCUAGAGGACAUUAUCGGCACGACCAAGUACAAGGAGCCGAUCGAGCAGGCCAACCUCGAGGUCGAGCAGCUUAACGAGGACCGCGGCGAGAAGAUGAACCGUCUCCGCGUGGUCGAGCGCGAGAAGGCCUCGCUCGAGGACAAGAAGCGCGAGGCCGAGUCGUUCCUCCGCGACACCAACGACCUCACUCGCAAAAAGUCGCUGCUCUGGCAGUUCCACAUGCACACCCUCCACAACAACAUUGAGAUCACCACCAAGGCUGUCGACUCGCUUACUGCCCAGCUCACAUCAGAGCAGGAGCGUAACGCCCACCACCUUGCCGAGAUCGAGGACCUGCAAAAGGGCUACGACGAGAAGCUUGCUGCAUUUGAUGAAGUGAAGCGUCUCACAGACGCGCUUGUCAAGGACGCCAAGAAGAUUGAGAAGGAAGAGGUCGGUCUCCAGGAGAAGAAGAAGCAUCUCUCAACCAAGGCGAAGAAGUUCAAGAAGUCUAUCGCCGACGAUGGCCACACUCGUUCCGAGGCUCUUGCCACCGUGGACAACUGCUCGUCGGCCAUCGAGACCAACCGCACCAAGGUCACGGACCUGGAGCGCAAGCUCGAGGCUGAGGAGGCAGAGCUCGAGGAGGUCCGCGACAGUCUCAAAGACAAGACCGACGAGUUCACCACUCAGAUCGAGGCCAAGCAACGCGAGCUCGAGCCCUGGACGGCCAAGAUCAGCGAGAAGCAGUCGGCCAUUGAUGUUGCCCAGUCGGAACGUGACCUUCUUGCUCAAAAGGCCACCACUGCCCAGGAGGCGCUCGACGAGGCCAAGGCUGGCCUGCAGGCUGUUCGCGACGGCAGCCAGUCCAAACAGGAAGAGUACCAGUCACUCAAGAAGGAAACCGUCAAGGCCAAGAAGCAGCUCGCCGAGGCCGAGGCCAAACUCCAGUCCAUGGCGCCCCAGUCGGACGAGCUCCGCUCCAAGGUGUCCGUCUCACGCCAAAAGGUCGACGAGGCCAAGGCGUCGCUCGCCGCAGACAAGUCUGAGAAUGCCGUUCUCGCCAGUCUCAACAAGCUCAAGGCCCAGGGUCGUAUCAAGGGCUUCCACGGCCGUCUUGGUGACCUCGGUGUCAUUGACGACAAGUACGAUGUCGCUGUCACCACGGCGUGCGGUUCGCUCAACAACCUCGUCGUAGACACGGUCGAGCAGGGUCAGGCGUGCAUCGAGCACCUCCGCAAGGGCAACGUCGGACGUGCCUCGUUCAUGGUUCUCCAGAAGCUGCCUGCUCGUGACCUCUCGCCCAUCAACACGCCCGAGGGUGUCCCGCGUCUCUUUGACCUCAUCAAGCCCAAGGACCCUCGCUUCGCGCCGGCCUUUUUCAAGGGUGUCUUCAACACGCUCGUUGCCGAGGACCUCCAACAGGCCCAGCGCAUUGGUUACGGCAAGAAGCGCUGGCGUGUCGUUACCCUUGACGGCAAGCUCAUCGACCCAUCGGGUACCAUGUCCGGUGGUGGUGCGCGUGUCUCCCGCGGCGGCAUGAGCUCCAAGUUCAAGGCCGACAAGGUCGCCCCCGAGGUUGUGGCCCGCUACGAAAAGGAGUGUGCGAGCGCCGAGGAGGCCCUUGCUUCGUUCCAGACCGACAAGCGCGCGUCCGAGCAAGAGGUCUCGCAGCUUCGCAAGCGUAUCCCCGAAAUCGAGAUCGAGAUGGAGAAGAUUGAGCUCGAUGUCCAGACUGGCGCCAAGCGCAUUGCCGAGGCCGAGAAGCGUCUCAUCGAGCUCCAGGGCCAGAGCAAGCCCGACGCUGCCGACGAGAAACGUAUCAAGACCCUUGACUCUGAGGUUGCCGCUCUUACCAAGGACGCCAACAAGCUCCGCGAAAAGUCUGGUGUCAUCAGCGAGCAGAUCAAGGAGCUCCAGAACAAGAUUCUCGAAGUCGGUGGUGUCAAGCUGCGUGCCAUCCAGUCCAAGUUUACCACCACCAAGGGUCUGCUGGACCUUGCCAACGAGGCCAUCACAAAGGCCGAAGUGGGCCACGCCAAGGCUCAGCGCGACGCCGAGAAGAUGGACAAGAACAUUGCCGACAACACGUCCAAGAUGGAUGAGGUGGCCGGCGAGCUCGAGGUCGUCGACGGCGACCUGCAGGCGUGUACUGCCGACCUUUCCGUUAUCCGCGAAAAGGUCCAAGAGGCCCAAGACGCCAGUACCGACGUGCAAGAGGCGCUCCAGCAGAGCAAGGCAGACCUCGACGAGGCGUCCACAGACAUCAACGCUUUCCGCAAGCUCGAGAUGGACAUCAAGCAGAAGAUUGAGGACAAUGCCCGUGUGCAAAAGGACAGCAAGGACAAGUACAAGCACUGGGCCAAGCGCCAUGCCGAACUCGAGCUCGUCUACAUUGACGAGGAGGACGAGGACGAGGAGGUGCGCGACAAGCCCGAGGAGGCUGAGGAGGCCGAGGAUGCCACCAAGGAUGCCGAGGACGAAGGUAGCGAGGACGAUGCUACCAAGGACACGGACAUUUCUGAAGGCGAAGGAUCCGACGCCGAAGCUUCCGCUUCCCCGACCCCUUCGCCCAAGAAGAAGGCCAAGCAGCCGCGCAACGACAGCCUCGAGCUGGUCGAGUACAGCCCCGACGAGCUGCGUGCUGUCGACAAGGACAUUCUCAAUGGCGAGAUCACUGCGCUGGAAGAGGAGAUUGCCAAGGCCAAGCCCAACCUCAACGUUCUCAAUGAGUACCGCCGUCGUGAGGCCGAGUUCCUCGACCGCGCUCGCGACAUGGAGACCGUCACGAGCCAACGUGACACUGCCAAGCAGCGCUACGACGACCUCCGCAAGGUCCGCCUUGACGAGUUUAUGGCUGGCUUCUCGGCCAUCAGUGCAAAGCUCAAGGAGAUGUACCAGAUGAUCACCAUGGGCGGUAAUGCCGAGAUUGAGCUGGUCGACACCAUGGACCCCUUCUCUGAGGGUGUGGUGCUCUCCAUCAUGCCUCCCAAGAAGAGCUGGCGUCCCAUUGCCAACCUUUCGGGUGGUGAGAAGACGCUCGCGUCGCUUGCCCUGGUGUUUGCCCUGCACGUCUUCAAGCCCACGCCGCUCUACUUUAUGGACGAGAUUGACGCCGCUCUCGACUUUAAGAACGUGUCCAUUGUCGCCAACUAUAUCCAGUCCAAGACGCAGGCCGCACAGUUUAUUGUCAUUUCGCUCCGAAACGACAUGUUCGAGCUCGCCCACCGCCUGGUGGGAAUCUACAAGACGUCCAACUGCACCAAGAGUGUGGCGAUCGACAACAAGGAUCUCCGCACCCAGGCUGUCGUCCGCAGGCCGCAACCGCGAGCCACAGACGUGCCGCCCACACCGGGACCUGGCGGUGGUGGUAGUGGAGUGCCCUCAACACCAGCCCAGCUCGUGCCGACUACGCCUGGGACGUUGAGAGACUCUGCCCUUGCCCUGUCCGUCGCCCUCUUUGGACCUUUAGCAUUUGUUGGCCCUUUUAGUCUUGUUGUACACCAGUAUGAUACCGUUUUCUUUUGGUUAUAUGCAGAGAUCGCAGAGAUGUGA